ACUCUCGUGUUGUUGUUAUUGUGAUGAUGGCGGCGGGCGCGGAGGCUCCGGACUCCUGGUAUCUGGCGCUGCUCGGGUUCGCCGAACACUUUCGGACCUCCAGUCCUCCCAAGAUCCGCCUGUGCGUGCACUGUCUACAGGCCGUCUUCCAGUUCAAGCCUCCGCAAAGAGUCGAGGCCCGAACGCACCUGCAGCUGGGCUCGGUUCUCUACCACCACACGAAGAACAGCGACCUGGCCCGCACGCACCUCGAGAAAGCGUGGUUCAUCUCACAGCAAAUGCCACAGUUUGAAGAUGUUAAAUUUGAGGCUGCCAGUCUUCUCUCAGAGCUUUACUGCCAACAGAACUUGGUUGACUCAGCGAAACCUCUGUUACGUAAGGCCAUCCAGAUCUCCCAGCAGACCCCAUACUGGCACUGCAGACUCCUUUUUCAGCUGGCGCAACUUCACACUUUAGAGAAGGAUCUUGUGUCAGCGUGUGAUUUGCUGGGUGUCGGUGCUGAAUACGCCCGAGUCGUUGGAUCUGAAUACACCAGAGCUCUCUUCCUGUUGAGUAAAGGCAUGUUGCUGUUGAUGGAGAGGAAGCUACAAGAGGUUCAUCCACUCCUGACGCUGUGCGGACAGAUCGUGGAAACCUGGCAGGGAAACCCCAUUCAGAAGGAGUCACUGCGUGUUUUCUUCCUAGUGCUGCAGGUGACGCAUUACCUGGACGCUGGACAGGUGAAAAGCGUGAAGCCGUGUCUGAAGCAGCUCCAGCAGUGUAUUCAGACCAUCUCGACUCUUCAUGACGAUGAGAUCUUGCCUAGUAACUCGGCAGAUCUCUUCCACUGGCUGCCAAAGGAGCACAUGUGUGUGCUCGUCUACCUUGUGACCGUCAUGCACUCGAUGCAGGCUGGAUAUCUAGAGAAAGCUCAGAAAUACACAGAUAAAGCUCUCAUGCAGUUAGAGAAACUGAAGAUGCUGGACUGCAGUCCCAUUCUGUCUUCAUUUCAAGUCAUUCUGUUGGAGCACAUCAUCAUGUGUCGCCUGGUGACCGGACACAAGGCCACAGCGCUACAGGAGAUCUCUCAGGUGUGUCAGUUGUGUCAACAGUCUCCGCGGCUCUUCUCCAAUCACGCUGCUCAGCUUCACACGCUGCUGGGUUUGUAUUGUAUCUCUGUAAACUGCAUGGACAAUGCUGAGGCUCAGUUCACUACUGCUCUCCGGCUGACCACACAUCAGGAGUUAUGGACGUUCAUUGUGACUAACCUGGCGAGUGUUUACAUCCGAGAGGGAAACAGACAUCAGGAGCUCUACAGUCUCUUAGAGAGGAUAAAUCCAGACCACAACUUUCCCGUCAGUUCUCACUGUCUACGAGCAGCUGCCUUCUACAUUCGGGGGCUUCUGUCCUUCUUCCAGGGUCGGUACAACGAAGCCAAGCGUUUUCUCCGUGAGACCCUCAAGAUGUCCAAUGCAGAGGAUCUGAAUCGUCUAACUGCUUGCUCUCUGGUGCUGCUGGGACACAUAUUCUAUGUGCUAGGAAACCACAGGGAGAGUAGUAACAUGGUGGUUCCAGCGAUGCAGCUGGCCAGUAAGAUUCCUGACAUGUCAGUGCAGCUGUGGUCAUCCGCUCUACUGAAGGAUCUAAACAAGGCUUGUGGCAAUUCAAUGGACGCCCAUGAAGCUGCGCAGAUGCACCAGAAUUUCUCUCAGCAGCUCCUGCAAGAUCAUAUAGCCGCCUGUAGCCUGCCUGAACACAACCUCAUCAGUUGGACGGAUGGACCUCCACCUGUGCAGAUUCAGGCCCAGAAUGGACCCACAACCAGCCUGGCCAGCCUGCUUUAAACCUCACACACACUGUACAUACAUAUCAACCUCCUCCAUCCCCUUAAAACUUUCACAGGAAUAUUACAAACUCCGCUGCCAUUGCCCUGCAGAUUUUUUUUAUCUUGUAUUAUUGAGAUUUUAACUUAUUGAGGUUGCUGACGGUUUGGGUCAUAAGGUUGUUAUUUACUUAGUCUUCAGGAAUGUUGAGGAAUUGAUUGUGUUCAGAAUAAGGCUGUAAAACGUAAUGAAACAUUUACAGGUUUACAUCAACUAAACAGAUGAGGUGACUUUACGCAGACAGAUGCAUAAACUCUGAAUUAACUUGAAACUGAAGGCGUGCGUCACUGUUACUCAAAAAGUUUUAGGAGACAUAACAGAGCGUCUGUUGUGAUGAAACUGAGAGGAUGAAAUAAAAUGAUCAGCUGGGUUUAGUUGUAAUAAUAGUUUCCCCUUUUAAACAGAUGGGGGACUGCGUUGGGCAAGAGAGAAUGCAUGAGAUGAGAUGGUUUCUGUACGUUAGUUUUUAGUAUGUGGAAAAGAAAGCACGCCCUAAUGCUCUUUCAAUUCUGAGUAUUUUAGCAUUACAGGAUUUUUGAAGACAAGCAACUAAAAUUCAAGGAAUUACUCAGCGGUUUGUUUUGGGUUACUAAAGGAAACAAUUUAGCCAUUUUGAGAAUUGUGUUUGAAGCGGAGAAAUGAACUUGGAGUGAAGGUAUCUUAUUUAAUUUCACAACUAUUUCUUCAUGAACUCUUAAGUGUGUUGAUGCACGGGCCAAUCUGACCUCACCAGCUGAGGACGCUUGCGUGCGAGAGGACCAGCGGAAGGCGAUGAUGGUUGCUGGUUAUUUAUCCUUAACUGAAGCAAGCUGAACUAAAGCCAGCCUUGUAGGUUAUCAGCUCUGUACCCAUAAAACACAGUGUAGAAAUGUAUAUGCAGAAGAAUAGCGAGAGAUGAUUGGGUUUCACGGUGACACUUGCAUGGAAAAUGAGCCCUACAGUACAUUGCGUGUUCACAAGCAGACGCAUGCAGGUCCUGUAUCCGGUCCGUCUGCCACCCGUGUGACGGUUGUCGAGUUGCUCAGGACUGGAUGUGCGACUUGUUGUCUUUUUUAUUAUUCACAAUUUUAAUUGAUGUCAGUCUUUCUGCUUUUCAUUUUGUAUCGGCACGUCUCUUAACUGUACAAACGCUCUGGGGACACUCUUUUGUUCUAAAGCUAUUUUCCUUCUUUUCCUCUGUAGUUUUAACAAAUACAUUUAUUAAAAUUUUGUAAAGUUUGAAUAUUUAUAUACCACAUUUAACAAUAUUAUAAUCUUUGUCAUUAUUUUGAUUUGGAAUAGCAUUUGUUUGUAUAAAUGUGAUGAAGCCGUUGUUUGUUGAUCUAGUUUAACACACACUUUGAAUGUGUUGAGUAGGUUAAAGACUUAUUUUAUUGGCUGAAUUGUGGUUCAGCUCCAGUACUGACCCCAGAUCAGUUUUGCUGUAUCCACUGGCUCUAAUAACAGCAUUUUUAAACUAAAUUUUUUUUCUUUGUGUUGGCUUUGAAAUCAUCAAUUUUUUUAAAUAAAAUCUGAGACUUGUA